GUUUGAUGAUGUCAGUGAAAUUUGACCUUGUGCCCAACUGGUAUAGGUGUGACCCCCACUGAGUAAGUUGCCAAAGCAUGCUUCACCAGCCAACAGCACAGGACAUCCUUGGACAUUGUGCUCUGUGUUUGGGCUCAAUGAUACAUGAAACAGGAUUGCAGAAGAUUUUCAAAGUGUAAAGUAUUGGAAAAGAACCUGAUUUGUUUGGCCAUUGUUACUUGCUUCAUUGUCAGGACUGGUUUCUUAGGGAUUUGCAGACACGAGGAACUGAGAUCGAGAUAAGUUGAUCCCAUCUCAAAGUCUACAGGUCAGACUUAUUGAGAGGUGGGGACACAGUCACCUGUCUCACUAUACACUGUGUGUGCUGUACAGUUUUACUAGAGUCUUGGUUUUGAGAAGGUGCAGUAAGAAGAUUAACUGUGAGAAAAGCAAGUUCCAAGAACGCACCAAGAUGUGUAUGCUGGUGUUCUUCUGUGCAGCCCUGCAGAUGGUUGCUCUGACACAAGCAGAGGCCCAGUAUUUCAUCAUCGCCCCCAAUGUUGUCCGCGUGGAUGUGGAAGAAACCAUUCUGGUUGACAUUUUCGGAACGGUAGAUGGAGAUGUGCCAGUUACACUGUACUUCCAACUAACCGGGAGCAAUGAGAGAAUUUCAGAGAAGACGAUCUGGGUCUCGAAAGGUGCCCCUCAAGAGGUCACCCUGCAGAUCCGGCGAGACCAGUUACCCCAGGAGGAUACUAGCAAGCAGCAGUUCAUCACACUGUUCGCCACGGCCAAUACUGCACAACUCCAGAUCAAUGAUCGACGCACCAUCCUACUCAGCUACCAGUCCGGUUUUGUCUUCAUUCAGACAGAUAAGCCAUUGUACACGCCCAGCCAAAAAGUGAACAUCCGUGUUGUUGCUCUCAAUCAAAAAAUGCGUCCCGCCUAUCACCAGCUAAAAGUGGACAUCCUGAAUCCGGAUCAGAUCAUCGUCUAUCGUUAUGAGGAGAUACCGAAUGGGGGCUUCCUGAACCUCGAGUUUACCUUCCCACCACUGCCUGUCUUCGGAAAUUGGACAGUUCGUGCUCACUAUGGGCAUCAGUUCAAGGCGAAUACGUCCGUCCAGUUUGAAGUUAAGGAGUAUGUUCUGCCCAAAUUUAGUGUUGAAGUUAGCACCCAGAAUAAAUAUAUCAUACCAGAAACAAGGAAGCUGACUACCUAUGUGAAAGCGAGGUACACCUUUGGUGAGCCCGUGGUUGGGAAUUAUCUCGUGAAGUACGGGGUGUACACUGAUGAUGGAAACCUGACAAUUCUCCAGCGAAAGCAAGGCCGGUUAGGUGAAGAAGGUAGAGCCUACCCAGUACUGGUAAUGGCCGAUGUGACACUUCAGAACUGGGCAGAGGCACUGAUAGGCAAGCGCCUGAUCAUCCAGGCAAUUGUCACAGAAAAGGCCUCGGGCGAGACUGUCAGUGUCAACAACACCAUGGUGAUCUUCAGUCAGACCCCCUACAAGUUCAACUGGGAUCGCACCCAGAAGUACUUCAAGAAGGGACUGCCUUUUGCUGUGAAGGCCAGUGUCCAGUACAUGAGCGGCCUGCCAGCUGCUGGAAUCACUGUUAGUGUGUCAGCUACUGCUGAGCUUGACGAUGGAGAUCAGGUUCUUUUGGGGGCCAGUAAUGCCGGGCAAAGUCUCCACAAGGUGUCUAGUACUCAAGGGGAGGUGGAUUUCAGGCUGGAGGUACCCGCUGACACAAAACUGAUCACCAUCCGUGCUGAGACCAACGAUCCUAAUUUAAGCACCCAGAGCCAGGGUUCAUUCACUGUCCUGCCCCAAGAGUCAAGCAACGGAGAGUAUCUGCUGGUGCGACUUCCAUCUUCGGGAGGAAACUCACAGACACAACAGAUUGGAUGGACAAGCAAUAUUGAUGUGCUUUUGACACAUCCUGAAAAUGUUGAAACUCUCCACUACUUUGUCAUUGCGGGUGGAAAGAUUGUACAUAAGGGAACCAAAGAUGAGAACAUCAACGCCAACAUGGGGCUGGGGUUACGGAUCACCCAGGACAUGGCACCGUCUUCGCGUGUUGUCGCAUAUUAUGCUAGCACAUCUGGAGACAUCAUCGCUGACGGGCUUUUCUUUGAAGUCAAAGAGACCUGCGAAAAUCCCAUUCAUUUAGAAUUCGGUGGCCUCCCGAAAGUUCCCAAGGAUGACGAACAGAUCUUCAAAACAGACGGGAGCGACAAGAAUGUUGAGUUGCAGAUUUCUGCUAACGAGUACACCAAUGUUGGUCUGUUGGCAGUGGAUGAAGCUGUCUUCACCCUGCGCAAUUAUCACCGCCUUACUCAAAAGAAGGUAUUUAAAAGAAUGGCUGGUUACGAUCUGGGCUGUGGACCAGGAGGUGGCCAAACAACAGCAAAAAUCUUCAAGGAUGCUGGAGUGACGGUGAUGACUAACACUGAUCUGGAAGUUCCACAGAGAGAAGCUCUGGGCUGUCCUGUAGAUGCCAAGAGAACACGAAGAUCUAUUACUGAGACAGAUCUGGACAAAAUCCUGAAUAAACACCAAGAUCCUGAUGACAGGCAUUACUGUGAAAAAGGGUUGAGACAGCUGAAGAACCCAAACAGCAUGACUUGUGCUCAACGCACCAAGCGCUUUGCUAAGCGCAACGGCCUAGCCCUCACCUCACGGGAAAUUAGAGUUUUCCUGGGUUGUUGCGAGGAGCUUGACAGAGUUGCUCGUGGGAGGUUCACUGGCCCGGGGCCUGGAGGUAGCAGCCAGGUGGAUCUUGAAAAUGUUGUGGUGCGAACCAACUUCCCUGAGAGCUGGAUGUUUGAGCAGGUGGACACCGAGGAAAACUUGAUGGUGCGUCACCCUGUAACCCUGCCUGACUCUGUCACCACCUGGGUCAUUGAAGCUGUUGGAGUGUCUGAAGACUAUCAGAUGUGUGUCGCCGAUCCAAUCAAGCUAGAAGUCCGCCCUCCGUUCUUCCUUGAUAUCAAUAUGCCGUAUGCAGUCCAACGACUUGAGCAGAUAGAAAUCCUGGUGUCUGUGUUCAACUAUGCCGAUGUUGUCUUGCAGGUCGAUGUUUAUUUGAAAGGUGUUGAGGGUCUGUGCUCAGAAGCCCGGGCUGGAGGAUACUCCAACCGCAUAUCCAUUGAGGCCCGCCCCAAGAAGCCAGCCUCUGUCAAGUUUGUGGUUGUGCCUCUAGAAGCCGGUGCCGUGCCCAUUGAAGUCGUUGCCAUCACUAACUCUACCACAGUGAAUUACAGAGACGCUGUCAGGAAGUCACUCAAUGUUCGGUCAGAAGGCUACAAACAGAGGGACACUGUCACAAUAAUGGUUGAUCCAGAAAACAGCCGCAGCUCUCCUCGAAGGACCCUAGCCGGAGGACGAAAUCAGUCCUUCCAACACACUCAAUUCUGGGGUGGGGCUAGUGAGAGCAAGCAAGUGGACAUCAUCCGCUAUCAACUCAGCAACCAGGCCAUCCCCAACACCCAUCAAGUCCAUUUCAGCCUCAUGGGGAACACGAUGGGCAGCGUCAUUGAGACGGUGCUUGGAGGCCUGGACAACCUGUUGCGAAUCCCCCGUGGCUGUGGGGAGCAGACGAUGCUCAACCUGGCCCCAAAUGUGUACAUCUACCGGUAUCUCAAGCACACCGAUCAGUUCACGGCAACGCACGAGAUUGCCGCACAACAGUACAUCGGAGACGGUAUCGCCAAUCAGCUGGCCCAUCGUCGAUCUAAUGGCUCCUUUUCUGUCUGGGGAAGCAACUCGGCGUAUCCUAGCAGUACAUGGUUGACAGCGUUUGUCAGCAAGGUCAUGUGUCAGGCCAGGGAGUUUACUUUCGUUGACGACGCCAUUACGUGUCAGGCCAUGGAGUGGCUGAUAACCCAGACACAGAGGGAUGAAGGCUACUUCAGAGAAAUCUACAGAGUGCAUCACCUUGAAAUGACGGGCGGAGUCCAAGGCGAUGUCUCUUUGACUGCCUAUGUUCUGAUCUCACUUUUAGAAUGUAAUUGCCAGACAGUGGCUAAGAAUGCAUCCGUUGCCAAUGCCACCUCGUUCCUGGAGGGGCAGUUGAUAGCCCUGACCCGUCCCUAUGCCAUCGCCAUCACAUCGUAUGCUCUGGCACUGGCCGGAAGCGGCAAGGCAGGCAGGGCGAUACAGAAGCUGAAAGGCAUCGCCAUAUAUGAUGAAGCAACCAAUACCCGCCACUGGGGAUCUGAUGAUUCAUCCUUCGGUGCUGGCCCCAAGCCCUACUGGUACAGCAACCGCCCCAAAGCCAUUGAGGUCGAGACGACGAGCUAUGCGGUGCUGGCACUGCUGCAGCAGAACGAAAUCCAGUACACCCAUGCCAUCAUCAACUGGCUGACCAAUCAGGAGAACUAUGAAGGCGGCUUUGUAUCCACACAGGACACAGUCAUCGCUCUGCAGGCUUUGUCUGAAUACGCCAUCCAGACAGACCAAAGCACGGUCGACAUCAACUGCCAUGUGACCUGCCAAGAGAGUAACUUUGAGGAAAGCUACCUGCUGAAACCCCACAACUCCAUGAUCAGACAGCACUCGCAACUCAGUCUUCCGGAGUCGGUUUCAGAGUUUGUCGUGACCUUUGACUCACAGGGAAAUGGCAUGGGUCAAAUGAAAUUUGAGUCAAGCUACCAUGUCCCGGAGCCCGACCACAGAAAGUGUGACUUUGAGCUGGUCAUCAAUGGACAAGAGGGCAAGUCGGGUGACAGUGGCCCAGGAGGAGGGGGAGACAACAACCCUGAGGACGGGGACAGCAGGUCGAGGGUCGGGAGAAUACAUGCACGGAGUGCCAUGGAGCGGGGAAGUGGUGCGGAGGAAAACGAAGGGGCCGUAGGUGCCACUGUUGUGGCACCCCGGGGCCGUGCAGGCGGCUCGGGCAAUGAGUACAUCUUCCAGUACAAUAUCAAAGUCAGAUACUUGCGAGGGGAAGAAACAGGAAUGGCUAUUGUAGAUGUAGGGCUCUACACUGGCUACAAAGCUUUGCAAAGAGACCUCGAUGAUGCUGUAGCAAACAGUGGAGGGGUUAUCCAGCGCUAUGAAGAGACUGACCGCUCAGUAGUGUUUUAUCUCUCCAAGAUCACCACUGCUUACACUCACAUCAGUUUUAAUGCUCGGCGGGUGUUCACUGUCGGCAGGGCUCAGCCUGUAGCAGUGCACGUCUAUGACUACUACAACCCCACUGUGGAGUGUGUUAGGUUCAUUCACCCCCAGUCUGGUUCCAACAUGUUGAGCACUCUUUGUGAGGGAAGCACAUGUGAAUGUGCUGCAGGUAGAUGUGCUGAAGAUCCAUUCACCAAAAUCGGUGACUUCCAAGGGAGCAAGUUGAGAGCGAAGGCAUGUGAAGAUGCAGAACAUUUCGCCUAUGAGGUGAAAGUGGUCAGUUUCAAGCGGAAAGGUGGCUUCCAGCUCAUUACAAUGACCAUCCUGAACCCAUUGAAACAAGGUCUUGACCAUGUCAAGGAGAAUCAAAAUCGUACCUUCUGGAAGAGUAUGAAUUGCGGAAAGCCAGCCAUCAAGAAGAAGCGGUACCUAGUAAUCGGGUCUGGCGGGCUUCCAAGCAGGGAUGAUAAUGGGUUGCCAAGUUACAAGUACGUGGUUGAUGAGAGGAUGUCCUUCUACGAGCUGCCCUCUGCCUCCAAGAUCAAAAAUACCAAGAAGUGGCAGAGGAUUGCAAACAGUGUGCAACAGUUCAUGGAUGACAUUGAAAGGAACGGAUGCUCGGCUUAACAGAGGCGUUACGGAAGUGGACAUAAUAAAGUAUUAUGUGUCGCAAAAUGAUACUCCUACUGAUAGCUUUUGUAGUCAUUGCAACUCAGCUUCUCUACUAAUAUUUGUCGCUCUCCCGUUUUGUAAUUAUUAUAUCUUAAUUAUCUUAUCUUGUUUGAAUUUGAAGGAUUUUCUAAGUACUGAUUGGAAAGUGAAAAGCAAUGGCGUCGGUAACAGGUAGACGGUAGCAUUAUUAACAAGACAACGCAGCGCGUUCUACUCAUGUGCAGGUGUGCCUUGUAAGAGGACUGUGGUCAGCAUUAGGAGUUAAGUUUAUCCUGUUCGUAAAUGAUUUCGUCAUAAAGGCGGACGUGCCACGAUGUGCAGGCUCACAUUGGACAAUUGCUGAAGUUGCGCGUUAACCUUCCGGUUCCAUGGUUCCGUGUAAACGGCGAUCAAUGCAUGUAACCCUAUGUGCAGUGUACGUGUGCUGUGGGCGUGGUUUAAACCGAAGUGACGUCACACUUGCGAACCGGAAAGUGACGGAAAUGCAUGUUGACUAACGUAACAAGCGAACAUUCUGAUCGUGUGGCUUUGUUUGUACGGAGGAAGGUUGAGGUUACUAAAAGAAAAAUAAGCGUGUGUACAGAAGAGCAUUAUACUGAGGAAACUUGCAGUGCAGAAUUGUUUGGACUUCCUUACUAUGCACACCGUUCUGUUCAUUACAUUUAUACUUCAUUAUCAUAUGUAUCGUGCAUGUACUGGAUAUCAAUUGUGUUAUUAAUAAUGUUAUGCACUGCAAAAAAAGUUCUUCAUUAUAGUCAGAUAGAUUCAAAUGCCUUCAGUAUCGUUUGUGAAGCAGUUGAAACUCUGUAGCGCUGGCUGCGGAAGCAUGAGGGCCAGUGCACGCCCACACUUUUUCGACUGGGGGUGCGGGAGGCUGGUAUGGGCUCCCCACUACUUGUAGGCCCUAUAGUGAGGUGGGGCUCAAUGUUAGUAUCGGCCUAUGAAUGGCUGAUGCCUGAUGGUCUAACCACUGGCCCCCUCACGCUGAAAUCGUUCCGCCGCCGGGGCAUACAAUUAUAAAGUCAGGCUUGGGGGCAUCAUGUUAAUAGGUUGAAUUUUUGGCUAAGUACAAUCGUGGAAAUUAAGAAUUUACAGGUGGAACACUGUCAAAGCCGUCAUUAGAUAGUUUUAUGUACUGUUCAGUUGUAUGCGUGGACCUUCUGCUUUCAACAUCUCUCUUUAUACAUGUCGGUGUAGCUUAUGAGCAUAUUAUGGGAGCCACCAUCAUUCAUUUUAUUCAUCUAAGACUCAACAGGUAAACCUAAUAUUUUUCUUGCCAUUAUGAUGGGCUGUUUAGUCUUUGAUUACGAUUACACGUACUGGUUUGGUUCAAGUACUGAUGCACUGUUUUAUUGCUCCUUGAUUUGCUCAUUUUGAACUUACGAAUAUCCAAUUCGUUAAAUUUAAUUAUGCGUCGUAGGUAUAAUUCUCGUCGAAGGCGUUGUUUUAAUACCAAAUUGUGUUGGCGUAGUAGAGAGUAAAUAAAAUAUGCGUAACGUGUUUAUUUAAAGUUUGUGCAUUUGUCUUAUACAAUGGAGUAUGAUCAAUUAGCAGUAAGAUUUUUGUAUUGUUCGGUGAGAAGAUCUUCACAGAGCGUACGUCUCUCUGUUCUUGGGUGAGAUUUAUGACGCCUGAGAUAUUAGAUUACGUUUCGACUCCACGGAUGGAUCACGCCGGCUACUCACAGACGGCCCGGCCUAUUAAAUAGUUUUGUGCAUGUCA